AUGUCGAAAGCCACUGUUGCCACUCCAAACUCACUGUUUGUGAGUCCAAUAUGGGGUGCUGAGACCGCAUUCUCUACGGCGACCUUCACGCCCGGUAUCUACCUGCACGAUAGGGAUCCUGCAUACGGAUAUAUGGAUCCCCUCGACACAACUGGAUUAACUGACUGGGCCAAUUCUAUCCCGGGCGAAAUGGAAUCUACCAGAAUUUCAACUGUGACAACACUACCUUUGCAGAACCAGUUCCUGUCGACGGCACCGCCCAGUAAGGAACACCAUACAGGUUGGGCUAUGAGCACUACCGACCAGCUGCAACCUGGUUCCUCCUCCGCCUCGGCAUCAUCCUACGCAAAGAUCAAUGAUGUACCGGCAACCCUACCUUCGAUCAUGCCGGACCAAACCCGCGUUUCGGCACCGGCUUUCUCAAAAUCUGGCACAGCCGGCCCCGUACGGCCCUCACGUGUAGCCAAGUCAAAAUCGAAGCUCGCGGUUGGUAGUACACGGCCGUCUCGGAACAACAGCGGAAACAUUACCAGUAGCUCAAGUCUCGUCCAGUACGUCACCGCAAUGGACGAUAAGCACCAGACAAACUCGGCUGGCUCCUCAUGUGAAUCGCCUCCUUUCGACGAGCUGUCGCACCGAAGAAGCCGAACAGGAUCGAAUUUCAGUAGCAGCGGUGACAGUGGGGGUAGCGCCAAUGGUCUUAUGACGACAGGUCAUGGUGGGAACCACAAUGUCACGCUUCGAACAGCCAGCCGCAAGCCAAAGUCACAGCCCACUGCGUCGAUAAAUGCAUCCACAUCAACCGUCACAGGAACCAAGGAGAAUGGAAAUCCAAAGACUGAUUCGCCGACCUCAGAGUUGCCCGGUGCCGCAGCUUCAUCAUUGUCACCUGAUGGCGACAGUGGGAAUACCGACGGCCUGAUAACUGAAGAGCACCGCGCACGCCAGAAUCACAACAUUGUUGAGAAGCAGUACCGCAACCGACUCAAUUCACAGUUUGAGCGGCUGCUUUCCAUCCUGCCAGCGAAUCAGAUGGAAGGUGCCGAUACGGGCAAGUCUGUGGAUUUUGAUGAACGGCGGAUGAGCAAGGCUGAGGUGCUGGACCUAGCACGGCGGCGGAUUCAUGCUUUAGAGAGCGAGAUCAAGCAAUUGUACGCCGACCGUGACAACCUGCGCAACAACGUGGCCACGCUCAACCUGGCGAUCCGGAACGGGCAGCGUCCACAACAGCAGCAGCCACAGCAACAGCAGAGGUUGAGCAUCGCCAUCUAG